GGAUUUUUUGUACUUUAUGCUUCAGGUCCCAUAAUACAAAAACAAUAGAAUUUUUAGGUUAGAAAUAAUAAAAUUCUAUUUUUUAGCAAUUAUUAAUUUAUUAUAAAUAAUAAAUAAUAUAAAAACCGAUGGCUCUUCAAAGAAGUUUUCGAUUAAAUCAAGUCCUAAGGGUUGUUCUUUCAGAAUGUAAAAAUAGUUCUAUAAAAAUUAGGACAGUUCAAACGGAAACACAACCAGCAGUGAAACCAAAAGAAAAAUUUCUUCAACGUUGGGGGAAAUAUUGGAAAAGCCUCUAUCUAGAUUAUAGAGACGUUGCUAUUGAUGUUGCCAAAGAAUUUAGACAAAGACCUUUACGAUGUUCCGGCUAUGUCGCGACCUUAGGUAGUUUAUAUUUCUUUUCGCAACACAAUCCCGACAUGUGCUCGUAUCGUGAUCAGUUGUUGAAUAACGAAUCGAAGAUAACGCAAGUAGCUCAGCCUCUUCGAAAUCCCGAUUCAGAAAAAUACGUCACAUGGGUAGAACAAUGUUGCAAUGAAGGGAUUAUCAGACAUUUGAACUUAGGAAUAAUCUCAUUUAUAUGGCUCGAUAAUUAUGAUGAAAGUUCUGCAGUCUAUAAAGCCACAUGCUCCUACUUAAAACCUCAGUAUUUAAAAUUUUAUCAAAGAAUAAUUGAUAUUGGCUUUUUGGAUAAAUGGUGGUUACUCGAGGACAAAAUGCACGAUUACGAUGUAAAUAUAGCUCAAUUUUAAAAUUGUAAUUUUUCUUUUUUUCUGUAAAUAAACACUAGAAAAUUAUUCUUUAAUAUUAAAAAAAUACUUUUAAGAA